UUUGUUCUUAAGGUUGUGGAAAAUGUCCUAAAAGUAAACCCUGUUUUGGGUCCUCAAAUGUUUCAACCCCUUCUGCCAUCAAUAUUCAGGGGGAUUAUAGAUGGGGAGAGAUAUCCAGUGGUGAUGUCUACUUACCUGGGGAUCAUGGGUAGAGUUCUACUACAAAAUGCAAGGUUUUUUUCAUUACUUUUAAGCGAGAUGGCACAUGAAUUGGGUCAGGAGUCUGAUCAGAUUCUUGGUAACAUGAUUGAAAUGUGGGUUGAUCGGAUGGAUAACAUCACUCAGCCAGAAAGAAGAAAACUUUGUGCUUUGGCAUUGCUUUCACUUCUGCCAUCAUUGAAUAGUGUUAUCCAAGAUAAAUUUUGUGGUAUCAUCAAUAUUUCUGUGGAAGGGCUGCAUGAUGUUAUGACUGAAGAUCCUGAAGCAGGAACAUACAAAGACUGCAUGUUGAUGGCUCAUUUUGAACAGCCCAAAGUUACAGAUGACGAGGAACCUCCCACAGAACAAGACAAAAGGAAAAAGUUGCUUGCAUUGAAGGACCCUGUUCACACUGUGUCAUUGCAGCAGUUCAUCUAUGAGAAGCUAAAGGCACAGCAGGAAUUACUGGGAGAACAAGGUUUUCAGGCACUUAUGGAAACUGUGGAUACAGAAAUAGUUGCACAGCUACAGGAAUUUUUACAAGGCUUCUAA